UUACUUUCGAGAUCAAAUCUAAAUGAUUUUGGAACAAACAAACGAAACAGCCAGGACUCUGAUUUCUCAUUUUUUUAUCCUCAUCUUUUUUCUUCUGAACCAGGCAAUUUUUUUAUGAUAAUUAAAGCAGAUGAGUUUGUUUAGUAUUUUCUUGCAAUUUUAUCAGAAGAAGGUAAAGGAGAUGAAUUUGAUUAUGAUAAUCGGUUUAAUGAAUUAACUCCUGAUUCAGUUCUUAAAUCAAAUCUACCAUUGAAAUUCUGGUUCAACUGCUAGUGCCAGUGGGUGGUUGGGGAAUGUAUUGCAGAAUCCCUUUAAUUCAGUAGUGCAGCAACCUGAUUUUGGGAGAGAGAAGAUAAUUCAAGCUCCUCAAACCAAUAUCGCCAGCAGACUUGUUGUUCACUUGGAAUCAUCAUAAAGGCAUUCCUCAAAGGAGAUUUAUUCUAGGGUUUGUUUCAUCUUUCUUCUCGUCUUCCCUUUCAGCCGCAAUGCAGAAAUCAGAUCAUCAGGUAAGAGGUGACCGGAAACUACCACCAUCACCAAUGGUAGCACCUUGGCUUGUUUUCCCACAUGGGAAAGAUGGUAAAUUUCUUAGUUUCUAUAACAUAUGCCAUGAUGAUCAGUUGAACAAGAGAUCAUCAAAAAAGUUUAUACCAGAAUUAAGUAAGAGAGAUUUUUGGCAGAAAAAUUGUCAUCAGGGAUGGUUAAUUGUUAUUUGUCAUGAUGAUACUACUGAUCCUAAUUAUGGAGAUUGUUAUCUUUGGAACCCUCAAACACUAGAUAAUAUUCCGUUACCUUCUUUAUUGCGAUAUUAUAAAACAGAGGAUAAGUGUUGCCUCAAAGAUUGUAUUUUGACGUCACCCCCUCAGAUCAACACCAGCAUCAGCAACAGUAGCAAUAGCAGCAGCAGUAGUAGCGAUGGCGAUAAUUGUGAUACAGAUUCCAUGGUUUAUUUACUUUUUGAUGGAGGUCACAGUAAUGUUAGUUUUACUUGUGUUCUUCUAUUUUGUCACCCCGGUGAAAAAGAAUGGAGAAGGCAUGAGCUUGAUGCAAUGCAUGAUCCAAAAACGAUGCUGUACCUCAAAAAUAAGUUAUAUAUAAUGUGCUCCAACCCUGUCUACUAUGAAGUAGAAGUGCGAGGUGGAACUGAUAUGGAUGACGAAGAAAUCCUCGCAGUGGGAGAUGAAGUUGUUAUUAGCACAGACAAGAUUGCUGCAAAUGAAUCAACUGGUGGAGGUUUGUUUCGAGCUUAUGGCGAGUAUUUUAUUCAGUCUUUUGGGGAGGUCUUCUGUAUUCGGAAAUGGAGCAUCCCUAGAGGAUGAAGAAAUGAGCCUGUACAAAUAUGACUUGGAAGAACUAAGUCUUUUCCUUUCUGUGCCAUGUCCUGAUCUACCAACGCCGUGGUUCCAACCUGAAUGGCUGAUGAUUACUCCACCUCCAAGGGUUAAUGAUAAAAGGAAAACAGCCGAUUGUAUUUUGGGAAAAGUUGACCACAUGGAUAGAAUUUUGAAGGUAACUGAGAACAUAGCUCCUGUAUCUAGGGAUGAUGAGAAAGAUGAUAUUGAAGAUACAAGUCCAGGGAUUCUUGCUAGCGAUGAUUUUGUAUGGUCAGUGUCAAACCAUCUUCAUACAGUGGAUUACAUUCAUUUACGUGCAGUGAGUCAAAGAUACCGCUCUAUAUUGAAUCUGAAAAGAUCCUCUUCUGAAAGAACUAUCCGGAUCGCAGAUUUGUCCCCAUGGCUGGUUUCUUCCAAGUAUGAUUCAACCGUCUUCAAUUUCGUAAACCCAUUGCAUAAUAAUGAGAAAUACCUUGUGAGUAUCCCUGAGAUGUUUAGAGGUUUUAGAAUCUCCUUUUCGAAAGGUGGGUGGUUCCUCUUGUCAAAACGUCUGGAAUUGUUCUUGCACAAUCCCUUUACGAGAUUUAGUAUCAAGCUUCCAGACUUGCCAGAUGAUAAUGGUCUUGGAUACUCAGGUAUAUCAUUCUCAUCCUUGCCGACUUCUUCAGAUUGCAUGGUUUUUGCCUUCAACAAAAAAAUGAAUGAGAAUGUAUCAAACUGCUUCAUUAAACGGGGAGAAGAACAUUGGAGGUGUGGUUAUUUUGAUGGUACUUAUUUAGCUCCCAAUAAGAAACUUAUAGAGUUUGAGACUGGUGCGAACAAUCCAGUUUUCUACAACGGGGCAUUUUAUUGCUUAGACUUGAAUGGAACUUUAGGAGUAUCUAAACAAGAGAAUGGAGUUAUUAGUUGGGAAGUUUUAGCCACGUUACCCCAGCCUAAUUGUGGGUUUAUCUAUGAGAGUUACUUGGUAGAGUGUGAAGGAAAACUUAUGUGUGUUUUAUUAGGCCAUUUGGGGAAAUGGGUUCGUAUUUUUAGAUUAAAUGAGAUGGUUUGGGUUGAAGUUACGAAUUUGGGGCGACAUAUGUUGUGUGUUAGCAAUACUUCUUGCAUCUCCGCAGUUGCUCCCACAAGUGAAAUGGAGAACAAAAUCUACUUUUCAAGGUUGCAUGAAGAAGGGAUUCUGUUCUAUUCUCUUGAUACAGGUAUGUACCACAGUAUUGGAAGUAAACAUUCUGCUAGAGAUUAUCGUGAAUCAAAGGAGAUGUUACGCUGCAGUUGGAUUGAACCUAAUUGGUCGGAGAGCUCGGAUCAAUCUCUUGACUGGGUUAGCAUUUAGAUAUCUUAUAAGGUUUUGUGUUAUUGCUGGUUUUAUUUACUUUUUUAAGGAACAGUUGAAAUUAUAUUAUUAGUUCACAGAACAUUUCAAGAUAUUUCUUGUUGAUAAA